UGCUAGUGUAGUGGCGAAGGGAGGGAGUGAACCUUCUGGCUCGGAUUUUUCUUUUAUCGAAACGUGGAAAGAUCUGUCGCGAUGCAAGUGCCUGCGGUUUUUAUGGAUUUACCUCCCGAGGAUCAGGCUCAAGAAUUGAGAAUUUACUUCAAGAGCUUGGGUGCAGAAAUAAGUGAUGAAAAGUCGCCCCGUGGAAUUGAAGAUGAUUUACAUAAAAUAAUAGGUGUCUGUGAUGCCUGUUUUAAAGAGGGCAACGAGAUUGAAAUUGAAAAUAUUCUCAAUGACAUUGUAUCGAUCCUAAUCCACAUUCCAGUGGAGAGAGCUGAAAAUUUAAUUCUAGCAUUUUGCGAAAAAUUGAAAAAAGCUCCGGGACAAAAAUUAGGCCUAGUCUGUCUCAAAGCUCUUUGGCUUCUCUUUCAGUCUCUUGAGGAAAAAUCUCCCAUGAGAUAUCACGUUUAUUAUAAUCUUGUGCAAGUUGCUAGGAAUGUCGAUCAAGUCAAAGCUGUUUACAGUGGAGUUGAACAGUUGAAAGAACAAUUCAAGGCAUUUCCACCCAAUAAUGAGCAAAUGCAGAAAUUACUGCGUUUGUUGCAUGAAAUUUUAUUGAGUUGUAAGCAAGGAGAUCAAGCAGCAGCAGUAAUGGUAGAACUUCUGGGCACAUAUACCGCCGAAACAGCAUCUGAAGCACGUGAAGAUGCAAUGCAUUGCAUUCAAGCAGCUCUAGCUGAUCCAAACACUUUCCUCUUGGAUCCACUACUUGCACUCAAGCCAGUUAGAUUUCUGGAGGGUGAACUUAUUCACGAUCUACUGCUCAUUUUCGUUCAAGAAAAAUUGCCAUCUUAUAUCCAGUUUUAUAGUAAUCAUAAGGAAUUUGUGGAGCACACUGUGGGUUUGAAUCAUGACCAGAAUAUGAAAAAAAUGAGGCUACUUACGUUCAUGCAACUGGCUGAAACAAAUCCGGAAAUGUCCUUUGAAACAAUUCAGAGUGAGCUCCAGCUUGAGGAGGAUAAUGUUGAGAGUUUCAUCAUCGAUGUCCUGAAAACUAAACUCGUUCGUGCACGUAUGGAUCAAGCAGGUCGUAAAGUCCUCAUUUCCUCAACAAUGCACCGAACAUUUGGAAAACCUCAGUGGAUGCAAUUGAGAGAUCUUCUCGUAGCUUGGAAGACUAACUUGUCAUCAGUUCAGGAUGGAAUGAAAUCGGUGGCAUCAGCACAAAUGGAGCUGGCUGCCAAAACUAAAGCCCCAUUAGCCCACUAACAGUACUCGGAGUUUUUCCCUAUUUUUCAAAGUGGACAGAAUCAAUUGUGACAUUCCAUCGUUUAAUGUCACGGCGAAUCGUUGAGACAACAAUUAUACAUCAUCAUCAUUCGGACAGGGAUAAUUUAAUUAUUAUUAUUUAAAACGAAAUAAAUAAAAAAUUUCAAGCAUUAUCUUUCCAAAAUCGGAUCGAGUGAAAUAAACAAGAUGAAUGAAUAAUUAGACAUUGAUAGGAAAUCAAUUUUUUGUACAAACCCUCGUGAAUUUCAGUGAAAAACAAUAAAAUAUUGGUCAUUUGAUAACAGAAAAUCUAUUUGAGAAAUGUGUGUAAUACUACAUUUUGUGCACUAUCUUUACGUAUGAUAAAAUGAUUUAUAAUUUUACAAUUUUCUCUCUAGAACAAUCACUUGAGUCAUCUUCUAGUAUUCUCUUUAGAGAAUAAUUAUGAUUUAUUGUCUCAUCUUCAGAAUUGACCGUUGAUUUUUUUCGCUGAAUGAUAAAUUUCUGAUAGUCCUCCUCGGAUAAUAAACUUUUUUUCAUCUCUUCGUAAAUCUUGAUAUUAGGCAAAACAAUUGCAAGGUAACCACCUUUGUGAGGUGGCUGUUUAAUCAAUUGUGGAUUUUCCACAAGUGUUUCAUUAACUUCAAUUAAUUUACCCAUUAUACAGCAUUUGAUAUUCCAUUUUUCACCAUUAUCACAAGAUAUUAUACAUAUGUUUGAACUCUCU